AUGAGGGUUCUCAGUGACUUCUCACUGGACGAUCUCUUUGACUUUGACGACGAUGAUGAAUGGAAAGUGAAGUGGAAGUUCAAAGCUAAGAGGGAGGCUAGUUUCAAGAAUGCACAAGGAGAAGAGUUCGCACAUCUGAAAGUGAAGGUGAAAGGUAAGGCCAAAGUGGAGGUGGAAAUCGAUGAGGAUCAUGAAGGGAAUAAAACCGAACGUUGGAGUGCCAAGUCCGCCGUCAAGAAAGUUUACUACACGCUUACUAUCAAUGGUGUCGAGGUCCCUGUCGAAGUGGAUAAUCAUAAGUGGCAGAAUUGGGAUCGAGAAUGGGACAUCCCUGGGAUGUUCAAGGCCACCUAUGAUGCCAAAUUUGGCACUGAUGAAGUUUUCGUCGAUACCAAAUGCCUAGAAGCUCCACCAGCUGAUUUGUUGAUGAUCGGCUUCGCUAUGGCCUAUUUCAUGCAUCCCUCGAGCUAUCUGUCUAGGGCGGAGAAUGCGGCCAAGUCCCAUGCCAGGAAUGUGUUGAGGAGGCAUUCUUAA